CCUUCGCAGUCUUGUACUGCAGAAAUCGGGAGCAGUAUAACGCUCUCUGGGAAGCCCGAUCAGACCUCCGGGCAGAAACUUGUGAGGCGAUGGAGGUGGGGAGAUAUCUGAUCAUCAGCCUUUAGAUGAAAGCGAAUCAGGCGAACUUCAAGCAAAGCAAGCUACGCCACCAUGCGAGCAGGGGUAAUCCUUGCAAAGCCGAACACUCAGCAAGGAUGACCAGCACAUGCGCAGCCUUCCAAAGCCUGAACUCAUCACGCAAACUCAGUGCGCGAGCGGGACUCGCUCACCGCUCACCUCUCUCAUUCUCCACCAUCAAUACCAACAACACGAUGACUGGUCUUCCUCUCUUCGACGCUGCCGACCUCCCCUUCCCAUCCGCCCAGUGGCCCACUUCAAACUGGCAAGGCGAUGAUGGCGAGCUGGAGUACUGGCUCCUGAAGCGCGAGGUCAAUCGCAGGAAGGAGCCAUCCCCGGCCGAAGAUCAACGCUCUCCCUCUCCUUCUCCUCGUGUGGCGCCAUCGCGUGCGAUCACUCGCCAACGCUCUCCUUCUGGUUCGCCUCCCGCCAAUUGCCUCACGGAGCGCGAGCUGCGACGAAUGGAUGAGCAAGAUGCGAAGAUCCGCGCCCGCCGCAGCAUCAAUGACGGAGGCGACGAAGACGACUAAGACAAAGACCGCACCAGCAAGCGCACAAGGACCGUCCGCUGGGCC